GCCGCCGCCCGGCCGCGUCCCCGCGCUGCGCCGCCCGGCCGGGUGCAUGCAUUGUGGGCCUCCCGACAUGGUCUGCGAGACGAAGAUCGUGGCCGCCGAGGACCAUGAGGCGCUGCCGGGGGCCAAGAAGGACGCGCUGCUCGCCGGGGCCGGCGCCAUGUGGCCCCCGCUGCCGCCGCGCGCCGGGCCGGCCGCGCCGCCGCGCGCGCCGCAUGCCCAGCCGCGCGUUGGGGCCGGGGGCACGGGGCCGGCGGGGGAGCGCGGUGUGUGCAUCCGCGAGUGCGCGGCCGAGCAGGAGGCGGCGCGCCGCAUCUUCUACGACGGCAUCAUGGAGCGCAUCCCCAACACGGCCUUCCGCGGCCUGCGGCAGCACCCGCGCACGCAGCUGCUCUACGCCCUGCUGGCGGCACUCUGCUUUGCUGUGACCCGCUCGCUGCUGCUGACCUGCCUGGUGCCGGCUGGGCUGCUGGGCCUGCGCUACUACUACAGCCGCAAGGUGAUCCUGGCCUACCUGGACUGCGCCCUGCACACGGACAUGGCCGACAUCGAGCAGUACUACAUGAAGCCACCUGGCUCCUGCUUCUGGGUGGCCGUGCUGGACGGCAACGUGGUGGGCAUUGUGGCUGCAAGGGCCCACGAGGAGGACAACACCGUGGAGUUGCUGCGCAUGUCUGUGGACUCACGCUUUCGUGGCAAGGGCAUCGCCAAGGCGCUGGGCCGGAGGGUGCUGGAGUUCGCCGUGGUGCACAACUACUCUGCGGUGGUACUGGGCACAACGGCCGUCAAGGUGGCCGCCCACAAGCUCUAUGAGUCGCUGGGCUUCAGACACAUGGGCGCGAGUGACCACUACGUGCUGCCUGGCAUGACCCUCUCGCUGGCCGAGCGCCUCUUCUUCCAGGUCCGCUACCAUCGCUACCGCCUGCAGCUGCGCGAGGAGUGACAGCCACUGCUUGCCCGCCCACCACCCCAGCUGCCCCGUCCACCUGUGCCCGCCUGCCCGCCGCCCAGUGCGGCUCUGCUUUCAGACCCUCACCUUGGCGUUUGUGUUGGGUUUUCUUUUUUCAUCACACGGUUCCCAGCUGGUCCUUGGGGUGCAGGGCUGUGGCUCUUCCAUGACACUUUGGUAGGGGUGAGUUGUCUGCAGCCACGGUCCUUCGCCCUGUCCAGCUUGCCAGGUGGCUUCCCACGCCUUGAAGAGUUGCACCUUGGACCUCUGCAGUUGUCCACAAGGCUGCCCAGCCCGCUGCCACCGGGGAAGGCCCAGCCUUGCCCACCAAGCACAGAACCUCUGCGAAGAAGCCCUAGGCUAUGGCUCAGCUGUGGGUCCCUGGAGGGGAGGCCUGCUGGGCUGGCUGGCCGCUGCCCCACGGAGCAGUAGGCCCUGCUUUGCUCUGUGCAUGCUGAGGAAGUGGCCUGGCCGCAGCAUGCCGCAUGCCCACCGCCUCCCGCUGCUGCCCUACCCAGACUGGACCCUGAGGCCUUGGCUGGUGAGCGCCCCUGUCCCAGCCCAAGCUGGCCGCAGGAGGGCAUACCCUGCUGCCCACCCCCAGCCACUCUAUGGAGGGGCCUGGACUGCCUUUUGCCACCCCAGCUUCAUCCACUCCUGCUGUGCUUUGACAAGAGUCACCCUCCUUUCCUCCUGAUCCCUGCCCCUCCCCCGCCUGGGCUUAGCUGACUGGUGACAUCACCCAAGAGGUGGUUCCCAUAGCAACCAUUGCACAGCCAUAGUGGGGGCCCAUGGGGGGGACACCUUGCCCCCAUUGCCUGCUGGAUCACAGUGGCCUCUCCCAGAUGUCCCCGGGGACCUCCUGCGCCCAGCUGGCGGGGUCUACCCUGUGAAUCUCACUAACCCAGGCCGCUGCUGACAGCGCCGAGCCCACAGCUUCUCCUCAUUUUCUGAUGUUACUUAGACAGAAUAGCACUCUGCAUGACUUUAAUUCUUGGGACAAAACGGUAGUUUGUACCCUGAGACACACACAUCUGUGUGGUGCUGGAAUGUACACUGUUUCUGGCCCAGUGACGGGGGGUGGGUGGCCAGGUGGGUGGAGGGUUUCACAGUUAGAAAUCUGGAGGGAGACCCUGAGUUAGCAAGAACUCCCACCGAGGAGCAGUCCUGGUGAGUGAGGAGGUUCCGCAUCGCAGGUAGAGGGGCAGGUGCAGAUGGAGUCUCGUGGCCACGGGGGCAGGGCUGGGCUCCUUGGGUCCUGGUUUGGGGGUGGCCAGCUUGGUUCCAGCUGGCUGUGCUCCUGGCCUGGCCUCGUCUGGGCUUGGGGUGGCCUGGGAAGUGGAGGGGAAGUAGGGAUGGCAAGGCCGCACGUCCAGCCUGGACCUAGCUGGCGUCGGUGGCUGGAGGGGCAUGAGCACCCACCCAGGCCCCUUUGUGUGGGGCUCAGGGAUGGGGAGGUGCCGGCAGAGAAGCCAUGGAACUGGGUCCCAGACCCAGGUAACGAGGCCACGUGCAGGGCCGCAGAGGGGACCUUCAUAAAAAGGUGCUUCAGAAAUUAAUGAAUUAACGGAACAAGCCCAGGUUCCGAGGGGCCUUUUGUCCCGUUAGCAAUUGAGGUAUUUGCAGAACACUGUACAGACCCCGCUGUCCCCUGUACAUUCCCCUGGUGGUGCCCGGUCCCUGCUCUGGGUGGGAGUUUUGUAGACUGUACAGAAAUUGGCACCCUAUUUUCUUGCAGCUCUCAGAUUUUGUUAAUCUGGAUUAUACAGACAGACGUAAAGUGUUUUAGCAAAAUGGAAAACAAGUUGUGCCUUUUUCCUCUUUUUGUUUGGUUUGGGUUCGGCUUGGGCUGGUCUUAGUUGGCUUGGGGUGUGUUGGGGCUGCAGGUGGUCUUGGGGCAGGAAGGGCAGAGCGGGUCUGAGAGGUGUGUUUCAUGGGGUGGGUAGCUGGGUGCAGCGUGGACUUUUUUUGAUCCUGUGCCUUCUGAGCCUGCAGUCCCUGGGGUGGUGGCUGGCAGAGCCUGCGGGGCCAGGGACUGCCAGUGUCUCCUGGACAUUGACCUAGGGUGGGCUCACAGCAGAUCCUUCUCCCGAGGGCUCAGAGGGUCCUGAGGUGGUGGUGUGGUGCUCCUGUUCUGGCAGCAUCUGUCUGCCUGCAAGGGGUCCCUGGCUGCAUGGCCGAGUGGGUAGUGGGAUGCGUGCUGGACUCUUGACCAUUUUUUUGUUGCUGCCAGGGCUUGGUAGAGAUGCCAGGAAGGGUGUGGUAGGGUGGGCACGCUCGGACGGAACCCUGCUGCCAGUGAGGUUUGCAGAGGCACCCGUGCACCCUGCCAGGCUAGGCUCAAGCUGCCUGGAGCCCUUACCAGGCCAGUGUGCAGCUCAUGGAUCCUGGAGGGCCACCAGGGUCAGAUCUCCCACCCACCCCCACAGCUGGAGGUUGGGCAUGCUGCUGGGUGGGCCUAACCCUGGCCCACUUCAUCCCUCCAGCCUGAGAGCUAACUGCUCCACAAAUGUGCACUGACAUGAAUUUUAUACGUUUGUAGAAAUUCUGAUGUUACUUUUUCUACCUCUGUGAAGUGCCCCGUGGGGCCCCGCUGUCCCAGGCCUGGUGCAGCUUCCCUGAGUAUGCUGGCCCCAGCCCCUCCCCCUCCCAGGAGGCCCUCGCCCCAUCCCCGGGUGCCCAGGACCCAUGCCCUUCCCAGCCUGGGCCUAGCACUGCCUGGGUCUGGGGCUCCCAGGAUUUCUGUUGGUUGUUUGGAAGUCUCUGUUUUUGGAGCAGGGUGGGCAGAAGGUGGGAAGUAGAGUGUUCCAUGUUGGCAUUAGAUAAGCCUGCAACACAGACCUGACAAGUGGCUCCUAGCUGCUGAGGGCUCUAGUGCCCCUGGACAGCCCAGUGCUACCCAGGCCCAUGAGUGGCCUGGUGUGCCACUGCCCAGGCGUGGUUCUCUGCAGAUGGCUGACCCCUGAGGGUGGGGGCCAGGGUGGGCUCCUGAGUGGGAGUCGUGCCCCACAGGCUUUGGCAGCAUCUUACCACUCCUUUCUCCACCCCACGCCCAGCCUUGCUUUCCACUGGUGCCCCUCUUGGGGCUGGGCAGUGGCUGAGAUGCUUCCCCUGGGUAGAUGGGGGAGGGACAGGUCAGCCUGGCCCAAGGGGGUGGCCCUGGAAGAUGCUCAGGCUGGGAGAUCCUGGACAACAGGACCGAGGCUGCAAGGUCCUAGGAUAGCUGCCAUCCUGCUGGGGGCCCACUGAAGGAAGCUUCUUGGGCUAUCUGGCAGGUGCUGGGGGAGCUCUCUGGGUUUCUGAAAGGUAUGGCUCUAGCCUCUGCAAGGCAUGUGGCCCCUGGCAGGCCCACCCCUACCUGCCCUGGGAGUGGCCCCAAGCCCAGGCCCUCACUAGAACCUGAUUCCAGGGCUGUGCCUGUGGACAGAGGCCAGGGAACUUGGGUUUCUGGGCUCCGUGGCUGCAUGGGGCUUCAUGGGGACCAAAGGAAGCUCCCCAGGGGGCAGGGGGCUCUUUGGGCAUACUGGGGCCACCUUCCUGUCAGUGCCCAAGGCACACCUGACAGUUGCCCAAGUCAGGGAAACCACUGCCUCUUGCCUGGGCAUGUUGUGUUUGUUGCCUGUGGAGUCACUUGUGUCUGUUUGGAACCUGCUUCUGUGAACCAGCGUUGGCCACAGGCCCAUGUUGCUAGGCUGGUGGCUCUUUGGCUGACACUUCUGGGGUCUGAGUCCUGGGCGGGGGUGUGGGGCAAACCCCAAAUUUGCUCCAUGGUACCACCACCGGGGUGCUUCCAGCAGCAUGUGGUGUCCACGCAGGGCACAGCGGCCCAGAGCCUAGGGAAGGAGCCCCGCUCUACCACUGUUGGAUAUGGUAUUUUUUAAACAGCAAUAAUUAGCCAUUUAAAAGAAGGAGUAUACCUGUGUGUGUAUGUACACGUGUUUAUGUGUAUGUGUGAGCAUGUGUGUACAUAUGUAUGAGCAUGUAUGUAUUCG